AUGGGUUGUUUCAACUCAAAAACAAGCGGGAAUAGCAUCCCAAUAUCACGAAACUCCAAGCAACUACCUUCUCUCUCAAAUGCGAAAUCAGGCGAAGACGGUAAUGAGUCGUCUGUGAAAUUCCUUACUUAUGAAGACAUCAAGCGAGCCACGGACAAUUUCGCCAACGUCCUCGGUGAAGGAGGGUUCGGAAAGGUGUAUAAGGGCCGGUUGCGCGGCGUUAACGGGGACGCUGAUGAGGAAACGACUUUCGUUGCGGUCAAGGUUUUGGCUCCGCACAGUUUCCAAGGGAUGGACGAAUUUCUGAACGAGAUCACUACAGUGGAGGGCGUGCAACACCACAACAUUGUGAGAUUGCUGGCGUGCUGCACGGAGAAGGUCAAGGCGCUGGUGUACGAGUUCAUCCCCAUGGGCGAUGUAGAUGCAUGGCUUGCAAAAUGUUCUGAAGGCAAGGCAAAAUUUCCCUGGGCUGACCGGAUGAAAGUGAUUAUGGGAACAGCGGAGGCGUUGACGUUCAUUCACAAGCAACGGUUCAUUCACCGGGACUUCAAGUCCAGCAACGUGCUUUUAACGGAAGACUUCACACCGAAGGUGGCUGACUUUGGUCUGGCCAAGGGCAUAGAGGACUGGAAAACGCAUGUCACAACACGAGUCAUGGGCUCCAUGGGGUACAUUGAUCCCACUUACUUUGAGUCAGGUCACUUGUGUGACAAGAGUGACGUGUUCGCUUUCGGUCUGUUCAUGGUUGAGAUUCUCGCGGGCAAGUCGGUUCUUCGGGAAGAGACGUCAAACUACCCGGUGAAGAAGCCAGUGGGGGCGGGAUUUCCAGAAUACACAUACGAUGAGAUGAUGCUGAUGACCGACAAGCUCAAGAAGCCCAUCGGCCAGGGGGGCUUCGGGGUCGUGUACAAGGGCUACCUGCAGGACCCCGCAGCAGUUGCUGCAGCAGCAGCAGCUGGUGGUGAUGGAGGGGGUGGUGGAGCGGAUGGGGGAGGAGGAGGCGCGGCAGCGGUGGAUCAGGUUCUGGUGGCAGUGGCGGUGAAAGUGCUGGAUAACGAGGAUGUGGAGCUUAAAGACGACGAGCAGUUCCACGCGGAGUUGAUGGCAAUGGAGCAGCUGAAGCACCCCACCAUACUGUCGCUGUACGGAUUUGUGGCCAAGCCCACGCCCGCCCUCAUCUACGAGUUUAUCACCAACGGCAAUGCCGAGGCGUACCUCAGAAAAGCGGUGCAAGGCAAGGUGGAGUUUUCCUGGAAGGCGCGGCUGCGGGUGGCUCUGAUGUGUGCGGAGGCGCUGCAGGUGAUGCACAGCCACAACUACGUGCACCGCGACUUCAAGGCCUCCAACGUGCUGCUCCGCGAGGACCUGACGCCAGUGCUGGCGGACUUUGGCUUGGCACGCACGGUGAACAACUGGCAGAGCCACGUCACCACGCGGGUCAUGGGCUCCACGGGUUACAUCGACCCCGUCUACUUUGAGUCUGGUACGCCCACAGCCCUCUUCACUUCCUUCUUUUGA